CAACAAAGAUAACAGUAUGGAAGCAGAGUUGAUUCGGCCCAUUUCGUUAGCAUUUAAAUACAUUUGCAAUUAAAAUUGUGCGAAAUUUAUCCUGAUGCAGCGACAUGUCGCUACUAUUUUGCUCAUAGAACUCAGUACCACUUGUACGGAAUGUGUUCGCGUUAUCUUCGUCACCUUUUUUUUAUAAUGCGUUCUUGCAGUUGUUCGUGUGAAAAGUCAGUAGUACUAGGCUUUAAGGUCUUAACUGAAUGAGUGUUGCGUUGAAAAAUGCAGCUUUGUAAACAAAUGUUAAAAAGGCAACUCGCAAAAGUUAAACAAUUUUCAACUUUAAAACACUAGUUUACGCGUGGCAGCACAGAAUGAAGCUCGCUUUCAAGCGUCAAAGUUUAUUUUUUUUUAAAUGCGUUUCUUUUGUGGGCUUUCUAUGCAGAGUUGCAUUUUCGCAACGCGUCGCUCAAACCGAAGCUCAACACCCUCAUUCUGUUUUGGCCUUUACUGCAUUUGACCGUCAGUAAAACAUUAUACAAUAUGAGCCAUAUUCUUGUCCAAUGAAUAUUUAUUAAAUAAAAAAUAUAUAUAUAAAGCGAUUCAAAAUUGCUCGGGGAUUUUUUUUGGAAAAACUUACUUGUAAUUGGGGAUUUUGGGAGACGAAAGAUUAGAAAUUUGGGGACAAGGGAUCAAAAAAUACUGGCAACACUGGACCAACCUUUUUGAAGACGAAGAAGAAGUAAUUUUAGUAAAACCACUUUAACACAAACAUUUUUAAUUGUUUAACAAAAUCGUCAAAAUUACGGAAAAGAAGUUCAAUUCCAAAAUGCCGCCCGCUGCGGGCUCAAAUAGCACCACAAACGCAGCGGUACAGGCGGCAGCUAAAGCUGAAAAGGAAGAAAGAUUAAGGGGAGCCUUAAAGGCGUUUAUUCUUAAGGAAAGGCAAAGGAAAAAAGAAGAGUAUCAAGCGAAGUUAGAGCAGGACAGGCAGCGAAAGGAACGCGAAGCUCGGGAGAGGCAAAAUGAUAUGACGCUGGAAGAGACCCGUGGUCAAAUAACAAAGUUGGAGCAAAAGCUUACCGAGCUGCAGAACCAGAAGCAACAAUUAUUUUUACAGCUAAAAAAGGUCCUCAACGAAGAUGAAAACCGUAAGAAGCAACAAAAGGACAAUGAAAUGUACGCAAUGCAAGCUUUGCAGGCUCAGGCCGCAAGUGCCGCACCACAACCUCAGGUUUUCUUACCGCCCAAGAUUCAGCAGCAUACAAUGCCCGUUUUGACAAAACCACCCAACAACCCUCCGGUAAAAAGAGGGCGUAGUCCCUCUCCCACACAACCGGGAUAUUACAAACAAACCAACUACAACCCGCCAAAACACGAUGAACGUCGUGCUGCAGACUCCGCUAGAGUAUUGUGGAACAAACCGCAUUCACAAUACCAAACACCUGGAACGUUGUUUUAUCAAACUACGAGCAAUCCUCCCCCGCCUCCACAAGCACCUACUGCACCGGCUAUUAUUUAUACACAAUACAACCUACCGCUACGACAGGGUUAUCAUUUAGAAUUGCCACCUACAUCAAAUGUGCCUACAUCUAAACCAGAUAGCCAAGGGCAAAAACCCACACAAGUUUACCACAUAAACUUAGAUCAACCGCCAAAUCCUCAGUCUGGGAUGGGUGGUGGUGUUUCCAAUAGUGUACAGGCUCAGAAACCACAAAUCACGAUGGAGAAAAUAACAGACCGUUACCACGAAGUCAAACACGAAGGUCCGCCUUCACAUGGUGGCCCACCUACCCAUCAAUUAUCCGAAAGCGUUGUCUAUAUGCCUUUGCAUCCUAAUGUAAUGCAAAUAAGUGGCGGUGCGCCUCCACCGAAUUCAAAGCCGGGAUCUGGAUAUGCUCCAGUUCGUAAUGCUUCAGGUCAUGAAACGCAAAUGGGACGACAGCAGCAGAUUACGGUUAUGACAGGACAACCAGGCCAACAACCGCAGCAACAAUUACAUUAUCCACGUCGGAUGUUCUAAACAAGUGUUACAUCUAAGUCUAGCAAAGUAUAAUAUGUAAGGUAUACAAAAAUUAUCUUUGGCAACUAAUUCUAAGAAAAAACAAUUUAUAAGAAAUGAUAUUUAUCGUUACAAAGUGUGAUUUUUUAACUUUUGGAACUUGAAAUUGAAAAGAAAAUCCAGGAAAUCCUCAGAAAUACAUAAUUUGAAACGGCAAAUAAAUCACAAAUUAACAUUUUAUUCAUUGAGAUGAAACUUUAAUCAGGCUCCUCUCAAUGAUAUUAAACAAAA